AUGGCUUCCGAGCCUCUCAUCCCUUCCCAGGAGGGACCGAAUCUUCUUGCUACAUGCAAGAACAACAUGGCGGCACUCACCCAGAACCAUCUCAUCACUCCUCCCGACCCUCCGGUGCACGACUUUGCCGACAUCACUUCGCAAGACAACAAGAGCAACGACCCUGUGCUGGUGUUUGGCAAUGUGGGGUCCCUCCCGCCAACUCCCGGCAUGUCGCGAAGCCCUUCUCAAUCCUCCUCCUCCUCUAUUCAGGGACCGGGACUCUUUGGGCCCGAACCGGUUUCGAUUCCUCAACCGAUCCCUCAACCCCGCGCCUCCUGGGCACCCGACGAUUAUCAAGUGGCUGUUCCACUGAGAACGGCCCAAGACUACGACCUCAUUCUUCAGCGCUUUCAGAGAUUCCGUGAGGUGGUUCGCCAAUACCCUGACGAGAUCUACUAUGUUGAUGAGGGAAUGGUACCGAGAGAGCGCCGUCUGGUUCGUGCAACCGAGCUUCUCAACCGAUUGGAGCUUUUCAUGAAAUACCGCAUCACUUGGUACGAGCCCGGCCUCGGGGCCGACACGGUAUGGGACCCCACGUCGUGCUCGCCGGGGCCAUGGAAUAGCCUCAAGCGGCUGGCUUUCGUGGGGCUCCUCCCACAGUACCCCGCCGACGACAUGGACUCGGUCUUGUUGUACAUCAGAAACCAUCUCUUCAAUGGCCGCCCAUCUCCUUUGGAGUGGAUUCCCCCAGAAUCGUCUCUCCGAGGGGUGACCAGAUCAGUCGUUACAGCUAGACCUGGUUUGAAAUCAAAACUUGGCACUACCAGCGAACGACCACCCAGUCGCCAAGCUACAGCUCCCUCCCCCAAGGAAAAGAAGGCAAACAUCGUACAUACUGUCUUGGAGGCCACUGGCGAACCGCUCAGCAGAACCAGAGGAGUGAAACGCAACUACCAGGGAGAGGAAGAGUCCCGAAUGGUCAGCGUCAAAGUCGCCAGGGAUCAAGAGGCAAAUGAGGUCGAGUCCAUCAAAAGCAUCAAAAAGUCCAAAGUGGUCCCUGAUAGCAAACCGAAGACAACUCAACGAGGCCCAGACAGCAAAUCGAAGAACACCAGAACCCGCAACUCAGACAAGCCGAGGGGACCAAGCGAGUCACUCUGCCGGAAUAUUAAAGACACCCUCAACCGACGCUCCGAGGAUAAAGUCAACUAUGAAGCCUUCAAAGACGCCAUGCUGCCAGAAAACGGACCAUCUGUCCACCUGUCUCCCUGCGAGUUCACGGCAGAGGAACUAAAGGACAUCAGAGAGCUUCAAGACAUUGGCGAUUGCACCGGUCUUCAUCCAGAAGAGGUCAAGCUCUGCAAGGUUUUGGCUAUGAGCUCCGACUUGUACAAGUGCCAAAAGGCCCGCUGCUUCCUCGGCCUCGCAUUGUUUGUGGAAUACAACCUUGAGAAGCUUGGCGAGAACAAUCCCAAGUUCAAGGUGCUGAAUGUCGGGAAGGCCCAGUUUCAGUUGUUUGGCAAUGUGGAUGUCAAUAAGCUCAGCAAAAUGUACACGACCUUUAAGAAAUGGGGCUGGGUUGAGGACAUGACGCAACAGAACAUUCCGAAGUCUUACAUUGAUCGGUUUCCGCAAACUUAUCGUCUUGCGUUGAGGGACGAAGUUGCUGAGUACGAGGCAACUCUCCCUCUCGAGAAGCGAAUUUUCCGAGUCUGA